GUCGGCAGCAGGAUCCUCAAGACAAGUUGCAGAUAGACGUCCUUUUCCUGUCACUCAACUAAAAUGGCUCAACGCGUCACCCUUCGCAAGCGCACACCGUACAAUACCACUUCCGCCCGUCGACGGGUUGUGAAGACUCCUGGUGGCAAACUCGUCUACCAGCACCUCAAGAAGCUGCCCUCUGCACCAAAGUGCGGUGACUGCGGCAUCAAGCUGUCCGGUGUUCCCGCUCUUCGCCCCCGCCAGUACGCGACCAUUUCCAAGACCAAGAAGACCGUUCGUCGGGCGUACGGUGGCUCGCGGUGUGGUGACUGCGUUAAACAGAGAAUCCUCCGCGCUUUCUUGGUUGAGGAGGCCAAGAUUGUAAAGAAGGUCAUUAAAUCGCAACAGAAGCCCGCUGGCCGCAAGUAAACUGCUGCUUGAGCUUUGAUUUCUCUGCUGCUGUAUGGUUCUGUACGACGCGGGGCAACGGAUGGCUGUCCUGCUAUACCUCGACCAUUAUAUACUACAGCAACGACAUGCUUCCCUCCAUGCUUUCUAUGUUGCAAUCGCGUGCACAUCUGUAUUCCACUUCCUGCUCUUUUCCAGGACGACAAACAUUGACUGACCAGGUCAGUACGGAAUUCUUAAAGGUGUGACAUCAGGGUGCUAGUCGCCACAUGCAUCAAUUACGUUGUCCCGG